GCCCGCGCGCUACUGGCGGCGGCUAUAAGAGGCGGCGGCGUCGCGGCGCGCGCAGUCGCCCGCGGUCUGCCCCCGCGACGCCCGUGCACGGCCCGCGCUGCGCCAGUCCUGCCGCCGCUACCAGCACCACGCGGAGCUCUGCGCAGUGCACACAAACUCGCCCGCGAGAUGGGUCGCCUCGGCGCCAAGGUGAAGAGCUGCGUGUCGGGCAACCUGCUGACCUUCCUGACGCUGGUGGCCACCGUGGGCGGCACCGUGUUCGGCCUGGCCCUGCGCGCCAGCCGCGACGGCGACUGGACCAACCGCGAGAUCAUGUACGUGGCCUACCCGGGCGAGAUCUUCCUGCAGAUGCUCAAGGGCCUGAUCCUGCCGCUGAUCGUGUCCUCCAUCGUGGCGGCCAUCGGCUCGCUGGACCUCAGUCUGUCGGGGCGCAUCGGCCUGCGCGCCAUCCUGUACUACGCGGCGACCACCGUCACCGCCGUGCUCACCGGCAUCUUCCUGACGGCGGUGAUCCGGCCCGGCGAGGGCGGCACUGCGGGCAUGGCCGUCAACUCCACGCGCAAGACCACCACGGCGGACACGCUGCUCGACCUGGUCAGGAGCAUGUUUCCUCCCAACCUAGUGCAGGCUUGUGUGGCCCAGUAUCAAACAGUGCUGAUAGAGCCAACGCCUGAAGAAUAUGAAGAGGCGGCGGCGGCGGGCAAGAACCUGACCCUGACCGACUGGGAGGUGUCGGGUCGCUUCGUGUCCGGCUCCAACACGCUGGGGCUGGUCAUCUUCUCCGUGGCCAUGGGCAUCACGCUGGCCAAGAUGGGUGCCGAGGCCCGGCCGCUCAUCGACUUCUUCGACAGCCUCAACGCCGCCAUGCUCACCAUGACCGGCUGGGUGAUAUGGAUCUCGCCCAUCGGAGUGUUCUUCCUGAUCGGCUCCAAGAUCAUCGCCAUGGAGAGCGUGAGCGUGAUGGCCGGCCAGCUGGGCUGGUACUUCAUGACGGUGGUCAUGGGGCUGUUCAUCCACGGCGCCAUCAUGACGCCGCUCUACUUCGCCGUCAUCUGCAGGAAACUGCCCUUCCGCUACAUGUACAACAUGGCGGAGGCCGCGACCACCGCCUUCGGCACGGGAUCCAGCAAUGCCUGUUUACCUGUGACAAUGAAGUGUGUUGAAGAGAAAAACAAGGUAGACUUGCGAAUAUCCAAGUUCGUGUUGCCAAUUGGCGCCACCAUCAACAUGGACGGCACAGCUCUGUACGAGGCAGUGGCGGCCAUCUUCAUCGCUCAGUUGAGGAGAGUGCCGCUAGGUGUUGGCAAGUAUUUGGCUGUCAGCCUGACGGCGACCAUGGCGAGCAUCGGCGCGGCGGGCAUCCCGCAGGCCGGCCUCGUCACCAUGGUGAUGGUGCUGGACACCGUGGGCCUGCCGGCGGACGACGUCUCCAUCAUCCUGGCGGUGGACUGGCUGCUGGACCGGCUGCGCACCACGGUGAACGUGACUGGGGACGCGCUGGUGGCGGGCAUCGUGGACCACCUGAGCCGCGGCGAGCUGGACGAGGUGGACCGCCGGACCGUGGCGGAGGGCGCGCUGCGGCGGCCCAGCUCGCUGCGGCCGGCGCCCGGCUCCACGGCCGCCAUGAUCGAGCUGGCGCCCGUGGGCCAGGACGAGGCCAGCGUCGGCCUGCUCGGCAAGAACUGACACCUGCCGGCACGUCCUCCUCUGCUUUCCCUCAGCCUCGCCCGCCAUUACACGUUCUUGUCACAUUCUCAUUCUGAAUUAUUAGUUGUAACUUCAAACGUUUCAUACAUAGCCUUGGAUACAGAGAAUAAUAUAUAUACAUUCAAACAAUAAACUCUAGUAAUAAUUACCAGACUGGAUUUUAAAUAUACCAGAGUACAUUUGGCAACUAAAUUUGAAAAAAAAAAGUAAAACAUAUUCCAUGUAUUGUAAAUAAUAAUAAAUUAAUAAUUGUCCUUUAAAAUUUAAUCACACACCACGGUUGGCGACAAUGAAUCGUAAAGUAGAAAAAAAUAUUUAUGUUUCAUGGAUAAUGCUUGUCAUGGAAUUUAAUUUAAAAUGUUUAUCAAAACUUUUGACAAAAACUCGGGGCUGUUGGAAUACUUGUUGCUAACACACGCCUGUAUUAUUAUAGAUUUGACAUUUACAUUGGGGUACUUGUAGGCGAUGUUGGCGCCAUGCUCAGGAGACAUAACUCUGUUACCUCGUAGAUGAUCUAUGUAGGGACGCGCAUAUGGCAUGUGUUCACCUGCGACCACCCAGUGCUAGCGCAGAGACAUUUUCUACGAACACAAAACUUAGAGCUAGAGGUGUUAAACAGCAAAUUAUUGCACAAUGUCUAUACGCUUUUGUGAUGUUGACUUGCAGCUGGGUUACAUUUGUUAAAGUGCUUCUCGAUAUAAAAUCUAACAAAUAUUUUAUAUCAGUUACAGAGAUGUUACCGUGAAACGACACUUUGAAACACUGUUGAAUCAUUAAGAACCAAUUUUGCAUUGUGAAUUGCGAAAACAUUGUAUGUUACCUUUAAAAAUGGUUAAAUGUACCUUUACUUGUUGUAAAAAAUGUUGAAUUUGUUUUAAAGUCUACACAAAUAUUAUAUUUUUCAGGAGAGCAUGUUGGCACAAAGUAUUAAAAAAAUAAGGGUCAUGAUUCACAGAUGUGUAUUUUGUACUGUCUCUAUAGUAAAUUGGCGCCUCAUUUAAAGCAAAUGAAUAAAAUCAACACUGGUGCCAUAAGUGUCCUCCAAUGACAUCAUCGUCACAUAUGCAGCAGAUUCACAUUAUACAACAAACAUCUAAUUACCUAAAUUUUUACCAUUUUGUAAUAAUGAGUGUUUUUCUAGAAUAAUGUGCCAAAUAAAAAACCAUUUUCGAGAUUAUAUUAUGUAAACUUAUAAAUUAAUGUAAAAUAAUAAAAAUUUUGUUUAUGUUAUGUUCAUGUUAUGUAUAAAAGAAUAUAAGAUUAGUAAAUUAUUUAUUUUCUA